GACUAGUAACAUUGUUACUGUUUCUUGAACUGAUCUACUGAUCGAGAAACAUUAUUACUUGUAUUUGUUGUCAUAGCUACUUGGUGUGCUCAUUGAGGGUCACGAAUUAUGGUGUUCAGCUCUACUCAAACUGAAAGUCCCCAGAACUCUCCUAAAUGUGAAGCAAAUGUGCGCAAAAAUUUUAUAUAGUGCAAUGUACAGUUAGGCCAGACAUUUGCUGUCAAGUGUUGCCAUAUAAAUCCGAAAAACAGAUUGGCCGACGAGUGCAGGCAAGCACAGGAACGGGAGAAACGAUCGUCGCUGGAGUUUAGGUAUGACCGCCGGGAUAUGGUCGACAGUUACGAUCGUAGUUAUAUUAUCAUGGAUUUGGCUGAUUACGGAUCACUGGAUCAAUAUGUUAAUAAUGGAUUGUUGACCUGUUAUACUGUACACAAAAUAUUCUGGGAUCUCUGUGCUGGACUCAAGUAUCUGCACUACAAUCAUAUUGUUCACUACGAUAUUGGUCUACAAAAUGUUUUGAUAUUUUCAGAUACCGACAACGUCUCGGAAGAUCCGAUAGCCGAACAGGAUGGACAACAACAACAACAGCAGCAGUUGGACGGGUAUAACAUAGUGGCCAAAUGGGCCGAUUUUGGUGUUUCCCGACAAUACACUACCAGUGACGACCAUUUGCUUAUGAAAAAUCAAUUUGGCGAAGACGUUGCCAAUAUGUGCCAAAUGAUUCAUUGGUUGAUCGGUAGCAUCAAAGGUAAGUCCGGUAUCGACUGUUUCAUAUUGAAACAUCUGGUCGACCAUUUGAAAGCGUCACCUAUAGAUUCCAUACCCGACUGUCUGAAUCUUAUGCCAUACUUGGAGACUAAUCAAACAAUACAACAGCUGUUUAGUCAGUAUAUGGCUUCACCGGAACUAGAGUUUUAUAGGGGCAGACAUUUUAUUGAUAUACUGUAUCCAUACGCUACCCGUCAUCGUAGAUAUGGUCUAUAA